AAGCAGCGCCACAAGAGUCCGAGGUCUGCCGCCAGGAGUCCCGGGCCGUCCGUGUCGUCUGGAAGCUUCCCGUGUGACCGUCUCCUUUUCCUCCCUUACAACCACACCAGCGCCUCCACCAGUUCCAGUCCACACUCAACCAAGAAAGAAGAAGCAGAACCGAAGAUGGUGAAGGAAACCGGAUACUAUGACAUGCUCGGGGUCAAGCCCACCGCCACACAGGAUGAGCUCAAGAAGGCGUACCGCAAGCUGGCCCUGAAGUACCAUCCCGACAAGAACCCAAAUGAGGGGGAGAAGUUCAAGCUCAUUUCUCAGGCGUACGAGGUCCUCAGUAAUGAAGAAAAGCGGAAAAUAUAUGACCAAGGAGGGGAGCAGGCCCUCAAGGAAGGUGGGAGUGGGGGAGGAGGCUUCACCUCACCCAUGGACAUCUUUGACAUGUUCUUUGGUGGCGGCAUGAAGAGGAAUAGAGAGAAAAGAGUGAAGGAUGUAGUCCACCAGAUGAGUGUGUCAUUAGAGGAGCUUUACAAUGGAGCUGUUAGGAGAUUAGCCCUUCAGAAGCACGUCAUCUGCAGCAAGUGUGAAGGACAGGGAGGAAAGAAGCCCCCAGAGAAGUGCCCUUCAUGCAGAGGAACAGGCAUGCAGGUUCGAAUCCAGCAGCUGGGUCCAGGCAUGGUGUCUCAGGUGCAGAGCAUGUGUGGAGAGUGUCGAGGACAGGGCGAGCGAAUCAACCCUAAGGACAGGUGUAAGACAUGUGAGGGCAGAAAGGUUGUCAAAGACAGAAAAAUCUUGGAGGUUCACGUGGACAAGGGUAUGGAGGACGGACAGAAGGUGGUGUUCUCAGGAGAGGGAGACCAGGAGCCCGGCCUGGACCCUGGAGACAUCAUCAUUGUCCUGGAUGAGAAGGAGCACCCAAUAUUCAGACGUGUGAACAAUGAUCUCACUAUGCAGAUCCACAUAUCCCUUGUGGAGGCUCUGUGUGGCUUCCAGAAACCCAUCAAAACACUAGAUGAUAGGACCAUUGUCAUUAGCACUAUUCCUGGUGAGGUGAUCAAGAAUGGAGAGAUCAAGUCUGUGAUAGGGGAGGGGAUGCCACAAUACAAGAAUCCAUUUGAAAAGGGACGUUUGCUUCUUCAGUUCCUCGUAGAUUUCCCCUCGGAAAUCCCUGUUGACCGCAUCCGAAAACUUGAAAAGAUCUUGCCUACCAGACCCGAGGUAAUUGUCCCAGACGAUGGCGAGGAGGUGAACUUGGUCGAGCUUGACCGAAGUCAGCGAGGACGGCGCCACCACAAUCAGAUGUACGAUGAUGACGACGAUCACCACGGAGGCCGGCAACACGUCCAAUGCCAGACCAGCUAGAGAGAUUCUUCCUCCCCAUUCCUCCUCUAUCAUUAUGUAUAUGCCAUUAACGUAAAUACCAGUGGCGCCACCUUUCUUGCAAACCUUCUUCCCCGUUCAGGCCAUCUAUAUCCAGGCGUAUGGACGCAUUGACUCGUUCAUGGCUGGCCCAAAGGAAGACUGGUGUAUGUUUCGUGUUCUGUGGCAGGAAAGGUACAUAGUGAAACAGGAUAUUUGAUAUUUCAGACUUUUUCGUGUCCAUGUUGUCUCAGAUUCUAGUUUCAGUGCUAUGAUUGUUUUGCAUAUCAUGACCAGCGUUACCAGAGGUGUCAUUGUCGUAAUGGUGCCACGUGCAAAACACCAUGAAUUGUUUGUAGCUGAAGAAACUGGUAAUAAUUUUUCUCUCCCAUUGUAGGGAGAUGGAGUCUGCAGUAGGGAGCACACCCAAAAUCUGAUUUUAUUGUAUCUCUGUAGUUGUUGUAUAGGAAAAUUGAAUGGUUUUAUGGUUUUGACUCCUAGUGGUCUAUUUAAUACAAUUUUUCUUUACCAAGAUUUUCUUUUUCACUUCCAGCAAUGGAAUGAAAGUGUACAGCAAGGUCUAAAGGACACCAAUUUCCUUAGAGAUGUUUAGUAAAGUGCAUCGACUUCUAAGCUUCAGCAAACCGUGUCAAUCUUUUUUUUGUCAUAUACCUUCAAUAAGAGAAAAUGUUUUUGGCAUGUCACUGAAAGCACUGUCUAUUCUCCAAGUGAAACCAUUGUGGUAUUAUUAUUUAGCUUUAUGUAAACUAAUUACAAAAAUGUAAGUCAUUAUUUACCAUGAACAAAGAUGAAUGAGCACUAACUGUUCUCUCAAUGUCAGUCCCAAGCUGACCAAGCAUUCUCAAGAAAGUAUCGUUAAGAAAAGAUCAUGUCACCGAGAAUAAUUACUUUGUGUCCUCCGUGUCAUCCACACUUCAUACCAGUGACCAGUACAUACACGAGAGGCCACACACAAUCUGACUGCCUACCUCUAGCCGGGACUUGAUCAAGAGGCUAGUCAUAGAUGUAGGAAGGGCAUGAGGUUUCUUUUUAAGCGAUGUGAGCGGUGAUGAGUUUGAGGAAAAUGCACGUUGAAAUGAUUUAACCCUUGAAUGAGUAAGUGGCAAGUGUGGCUGUGUUUUGAGUCCUGCUGAGGGUGUUGUGUGGCCUUUGUGGUGAUGUGCUAUUUCCCUGCACCUUGACCAUUGGUAACUGAAGUUGUGGAAUGAUUAUGUGAUGGUUUACAUGAAACUGGAAGAUCUAAUCUUCACUACAUACAUUGUUAUUUAAUACUACAACAGUUAAUAACCUUCCAUUUGACAAGUGGAAGGUUACUUUAAACAUUUCCUGAACACCUGGCUGCUGUGUCCAUUGCUUUGAGUUCAAAAGUCAUGUCUAUGGUGAUUCAAGCGGGCAUUGAAAGGCACUUAAUUAAGAUAAAAUAGAAGUGGUGCUGAUCAAUAUUAUGAAGGUUUCAUUAUUGGUAUUUUCCUCAGUUUUGUAUUGUAUAAUUAAUGAUAAGACCACUUCCUCAAGCAAAGCUGCCUACUUAUGAUGUGUAUGUUUAGGAAUUUUAGAUGCAGGAGGUACAUUUUUUUUCUGCUUGAUACAUCUCUCAAGAUAGACAGAUUGGCUGGUAGAAUCCAUUCAUUGUUGUUCUAGAUUAUCCAUUGGGAAAAACACUAGAACCCAUUCAUUGUUGUUCUAGAUUAUCCAUUGGGAAAAACACACCUGAUGAGGUUUAGUGUAUUGCCAACUGCUUUGCUUUAUUGGUUAGCAUCGUUAAGCAUUAAAUUAUACAAAGUUCAGUGUCAAUUUCCCCAAGUUUUUUGUGACUUGUAAUACAAGUCAUAUCUGGAGGGGCAAAAAUGUUCAGCAUCAAAAUUGUGAUCAUGAAGUGCCGUUGGUACUUCACAUCUGUAAAAGCGAUUCUUAUCAGUGGCUGGCGGUCAGGUGGACUGAUUGUUACUUGCCCCAAGUUCCUUGUCGAGACUCACCAGGUAGCUUUGUCAUAAGAAAUCGCUUACAUGCCGUCAUGAGUGCUUUCUUAGUAUCCUCAGAUUGAUAUAAGGAAGCUAUUGAAUAGCAUUUGUUACAGACAGUGCACCCCAGGGGUAAAUAGAUGUUUAGUGACGUGAAACAUACAGCACACUGCACAUGAUUAUUCUCCUGGUGGUAAUUUUAUAUGUAAAGUGUUCAGGCUAGCUGCUUGAAGGCAUUCAAAAAGAAUGAGGCUUAUGUAGGACACGGGUCACCUAGUAUUCCAGGAUAGAAUAGAGAUGUAAAUUGUACUGAAGCUGUUUGUUCUGAACUAUCAAAGUUGAUAGCCGAGGAAAUGAACCGAAGUAUACUUCUUUUUUUAUAAAGUGAGGCUUUGCAAUUUAUUUGUAUUUAUUUAUCUUUUAUUUAAUGAGAGAAGAUAGAUGAUAAUCUCAGCUGCUGCUAUGUAAGACAUGUAUCACAUAUAGAUAAUGAAACAUUCAUAGUA